AUGCACCAAGAUACGAAUGUGGCGGCUAGUUAUAAUAUGCAGCCAGUUAGGCAUGCAGCAGCCAGUUAUAAUAUGCAACCAGACAGUCAUGCAGAGGCCAGUUAUAACAUGCAGCCAGCCAGUAAAAAUAUGCAACCAGUCAAGCAUGUGGUAGCCGGUUAUAAUAUGCAACCAGACAGGCAUGUGGCAGCCAGUUAUAAUAUGCAACCAGACAAGCAUGUGGCAGCCGGUUAUAAUAUGCAAACAGUCAAGCAUGUGGCAGCCAGUUAUAAUAUGCAACCAGACAGGCAUGUGGCAGCCAGUUAUAAUAUGCAAACAGUCAAGCAUGUGGCAGCCAGUUAUAAUAUGCAGCCAGUUAGGCAUGCAGCAGCCAGUUAUAAUAUGCAACCAGACAGUCAUGCGGAGGCCAGUUAUAACAUGCAGCCAGCCAGUAAUAAUAUGCAACCAGUCAAGCAUGUGGCAGCCAGUUAUAAUAUGCAACCAGACAAGCAUGUGGCAGCCAGUUAUAAUAUGCAACCAAACAGUCAUGCGGAGGCCAGUUAUAACAUGCAGCCAGCCAGUAAUAAUAUGCAACCAGUCAAGCAUGUGGCAGCCGGUUAUAAUAUGCAACCAGACAGGCAUGUGGCAGCCAGUUAUAAUAUGCAACCAGACAGGCAUGUGGCAGCCAGUUAUAAUAUGCAAACAGUCAAGCAUGUGGCAGCCAGUUAUAAUAUGCAGCCAGUUAGGCAUGCAGCAGCCAGUUAUAAUAUGCAACCAGACAGUCAUGCGGAGGCCAGUUAUAACAUGCAGCCAGCCAGUUAUAAUAUGCAGCCAGAGAGGCAUGUGGCAGCCAAACAUCCAUGUAUCAGGCCAGCGUAA